AGUCACUUUGGAGCAAAAGGAUAGUAAGAGUGGAAACCGAUGGAGAAUCGAGCUCUGGACCCAGGGACUCGGGACUCCUAUGGUGCCACCAGUCACCUCCCCAACAAGGGGGCCCUGGCAAAAGCCAAGAACAACUUCAAAGACCUGAUGUCCAAGCUGACGGAGGGCCAGUAUGUGCUGUGCCGGUGGACAGAUGGACUGUAUUACCUUGGGAAGAUCAAGAGGGUCAGCAGUUCAAAGCAGAGCUGCCUUGUGACUUUUGAAGAUAAUUCCAAAUACUGGGUCCUGUGGAAGGACAUACAGCAUGCUGGUGUUCCGGGGGAGGAGCCCAAGUGUAACAUCUGCCUGGGGAAGACAUCAGGGCCACUGAAUGAGAUCCUCAUCUGUGGCAAGUGUGGCCUGGGUUACCACCAGCAGUGCCACAUCCCCAUAGCAGGCAGUGCCGACCGGUCCCUGCUCACACCUUGGUUCUGCCGACGCUGCAUCUUCGCGCUGGCUGUGCGGAAAGGCGGCGCGGUGAAGAAGGGCGCCAUCGCCAGGACGCUGCAGGCGGUGAAGAUGGUGCUCUCCUACCAGCCUGAGGAACUCGAGUGGGACUCGCCCCACCGCACCAACCAGCAGCAAUGCUACUGCUACUGCGGCGGGCCCGGAGAGUGGUACUUGCGGAUGCUGCAGUGUUACCGGUGCAGGCAGUGGUUCCACGAGGCUUGCACCCAGUGCCUCAAUGAGCCCAUGAUGUUUGGAGACCGGUUCUAUCUGUUCUUCUGCUCCGUGUGUAACCAGGGCCCAGAAUACAUUGAGAGGCUACCCCUGCGAUGGGUGGAUGUAGUUCACCUGGCCCUCUCCACCCUGGGGGUGCAGAGCAAGAAGAAGUACUUUGUCUUUGAGGAGAUUCUGGCCUUCGUCAACCACCACUGGGAGCUCCUGCAGCUCGGCAAGCUCACCAGCACCCCCGUGACGGACCGAGGACCGCAUCUCCUCAAUGCGCUGAACAGUUACAAAAGCCGGUUCCUCUGCGGCAAGGAGAUCAAGAAGAAGAAGUGCAUCUUCCGCCUGCGCAUCCGCGUCCCGCCCAACCCGCCAGGGAAGCUGCUGCCUGACAAGGGCCUGGUGCCCACUGAGUACGGCACCUCCUCUGAGCUGCGUAAGAGAGGAAAGAGCAAGCCUGGUUUGUUGCCUCAUGAAUUCCAGCAGCAGAAAAGGCGAGUUUAUAGAAGAAAAAGAUCAAAGUUUUUGCUGGAAGAUGCUAUUCCCAGUAGCGACUUUACCUCGGCCUGGAGCACCAACCACCACCUGGCCAGCAUAUUUGACUUUUCGCUGGAUGAAAUUCAGAGUUUAAAGAGUGCCAGCUCAGGCCAGACCUUCUUCUCAGACUUGGACUCCACGGAUGCCGCCAGCACCUCUGGCUCCGCCUCCACCAGCCUCUCCUAUGACUCUAGACGGACAGUGGGCAGCCGGAAGAGGAAGCUGGCAGCCACAGCCUACACGCCACUGCGGGCAAAGCGGCGGGCAGCCGAGCUGAGUGGACGCUGCCCCUCGGACAGUGGGGCCGAGGGGGCUUCGGGCCCUGAGAGGGCAGACGAAAGCAUUGACAGCCACACGUUUGAGAGCAUCAGUGAGGACGACUCAUCCCUGUCCCACCUCAAGUCAUCCAUCACUAACUACUUUGGUGCGGCUGGGCGGUUGGCCUGUGGGGAGAAGUACCAGGUGCUGGCUCGGAGGGUCACGCCCGAGGGCAAGGUUCAGUACCUGGUGGAGUGGGAAGGGACCACCCCUUACUGACUAGCCCACAGGGGGUGCCAGGAGCCCUGGAAGCAAAGAGACAGUGGAAGCUGCAGGCUCCCAGGUUCUCUUCAGGGUGGGGACGGGGAGGGAAGCAAGACAGAGCUGCAGGUGCCUGGCCCAGGCCCUCCUGUGCCUCCGCUCUGCCGUUCUGCCUCGGGCCUCAGGCUCAUCACCCCGUUGCCCAUGUCUCUAAGGUCGCAGUGUCCCCACACACUCUGCACUCCUUCAAACUGUUCACCUGUUCCUUCCAAUGUGGGUCGCCCUGGCUCUGGGAUGCUUUUUCCUGAAGCCUGAAUCUGUCUUUGUCCCCGAUUUUGUGUCACUUACCUCUCUCUCCCCUUUUGGGUGUGUGUGUUUAGACACCUACACAUGCAUGCUGUCCCUUGUGUAACUACACACACGAGCCCAGAUAAGGGCAGAACAAGAACCGCUGAGAAAGUGGGUGAUGGUGGGAGCUUUUCUCUCCCACUUUCCUGCCCCGUCCCUCCCGAUCCUUGGGAAUGGUGGUGAGGAUAGGAGGCUUCUGAGAGCCUGUGAGGCAGAGACCGGCCUCUUCACUCCUCAGGCCUUGAGAGUCCAGGGUCUCUGCCUCAGAGGCACCAGCACCAGAGCCCUAUGAAGGCUCGGAGUGAAGGCUAAGGUGUCAGCUUCUGGGGUCCCAGCUUCCUUUCCUUGGCUACACUGCCUCUUGGUGACCAUGGAGUGGGGCCUGGCCUUGCUGGAAUAGGGGUGGCCUUGAAAACCUGAGACAGGGAAGGGGAGUGGGAGGAAAGGAAGGCAUGUCCUGCUAAACCUCCCACUGUUUCUGAACCCUCCCACCCCAGACCACCACACACGCAGCUCAGUACACAUUCACUCACACAUAAGCUUCCAUCCACAUGUGCUCUCACCCUCCAGGCACACACACACACACACACACACACACACACACACUCUCUCUCUCUCUCUCACACUCCCCUCUAGUGACAGCCUGGCUCCUGCCUUUGGCUCUCCCUUGGCCCUCUUCCAGGGACCAUGUGCUGCAACUAAAUGUGAAAGUCCUGCUCCUGCCCCUUCUUUCAGCCCGUGACCCAGCUCUGACCCCAUUGGGAAGCACAGGGGACUUACCCCCUGGCUCCUCUGCUGUAUCCCCUGCCCCCCACCCUGAACUGACAAUCACUUUCUGGGACAGGUUGGGAGUUUUAAAGGGCCUGUGUCAUUCAGUCCCCUCAAAGAGAAGCCCUUGUCAGCGGGAGAUAAAAAGAAUCCUUAGAACCAACAUUAAAACUCAUACCAAUCUGGAGGGAAACCAAAAAUGGGAGGGGACCCCUCAUUUUUGCUGCUUCCAGAAAUAUUAGAAACUGACUCACUUGAUUGAAAAAUGGAACAACGUGCCUUGCCUCGGGGUGGGGGCCGUGCACCAGAUGGGGACCGGACCUGCCAACUGCUGCAUGGCCUUCAGCUUGGCUGGGCUUUGCAGGCUGCCAGCUGCUAAGCGAAGGUGGAUGAACCGUGAGGGGAUGGUUUUUCCAUUCUAGGCUGACCCCCUCCCCACCUGUGAGCCUCCAGGGGUCCCUUGGAUAGUUCAGAUGCCCUUGCCUUAAGCCUCAGCUUCGACAGUGCCUUUUUGAUGGGACCUCACUUCCCCUAGCUUCCCUGGUGUGGACCAGACAGGUGGUCUGGAGGUGGUUUCCCUGGCGUGAAUUAGGGAUGAUCUGAGGUUGGGCCCGGGUCUCCCCCUUCUCAGCCCCAUAGCUGCUGCCACCAAAACCCCAAACGGGGGGUAGGUGGAAGGGGAGCUGAGAAGGCAGCACCCUGCUCGAUCUGUGGCUUCCUGCCUUGCUUCAGAGAGCAUGGCAACCUCCCAGGCCUGCUCUCCAGGCUUCUGAGAGCACAGGAUGAGCCAGGCCUGUCACAGAUGCACCGUCUCUACUUGAGCUCCAGAGAGGCUCUGAGCUGAAGAGGAAAAGGAGGGGAAGGGUAUCUUCCCCACUUGGGAAGUCAGUAUACGGCCUCGCAAGGUCGUGCUGACCCCAUGCCCCAGCCUUUCAUUCGUUCAAGAUCAUAGCUGCAUUACUGCCAACUGACCUUAUGAUAAUCCUGUGCACCUUCUAAAGAUUUAUGGUUUUGAAUUGCUGCUUUUAAUAACAUGUUAUAUUAAAGUUCUAAUUAAUGUGUCUGACUUA